AUGGAUGAUGGCUUGGAUCGAUCGGAAAGAAGUUACUUUGGAAGCGCAGUCAGCAGCUUUCGCAGUAUGUGGCACUCGACAUUAUCACUUCUGGAUUGUGGAGAUGGUGAUGGAGCCGAUGGCGAUGCAUCGAUGGUUCCUUCCGACAUGCCGUCGGAUGUACCUAGUUUGGUACCCACUUCAGCUCCAUCCCCAAGCCCCACACCAAGGCCAACAGUGAGACCCACUCCACGGCCCACUCCACGGCCUACUCCAAGGCCCACUCCACGGCCAACAGUAAGUCCAACUCCAGUGCCAACAACGUUUCCAACACCAAUGCCAACACCAAGGCCAACACCUAACCCCACACCUUUCCCAACUCCUCUACCAACACAAUUCCCCACACCUCAGCCCACACCUGCACCAAGUCCUGCGCCGUCUCCUGCCCCCGUACCUGAUCCAACACCAGGACCCACAACUCCUCUUGCCAGAACAUACAUGGGCUGCUGGAAUGAUCAAAACAGUCCUCCGGCAAUGCAGGCAACUGUUGGCAAUGGUCAUGGCAUAUCCACUUGUCUGAUUGCCUGCAAUGAUAGAGGAUAUUCGUUUGCAGGUCUUUCCUUUGGAAAUCAGUGCUUUUGUGGAAACAGCUAUUGGAUGCAUGGUCAAGCCCCAGAGUCUGAUUGUGAUAUGAAUUGUGCCAGAGAGCCAGGGGAAACAUGUGGUGGUAUAUGGACACUCAGUGUUUACUCAGUGGGAAUAGCAGGACCCACUCCUGGACCAACACUUGCAACUCCAGGUCCAUCUCCAGUCCCUACUCCGGUUCCCACAGUGAAUCUGGAAAAAACUUACUUGGGUUGCUGGAAUGACCGGAACCCGCGUGCCAUGGACACGAUUAUUGGGCAGGGAUAUGGUAUUACCGUGUGUGUUCUUGGCUGUUAUUACAGAUCAUAUGCAUUUGCAGGUGUACAAAAUGGUGAGCCAGGAAUGACAUGUGGGGGAAGUUAUAGGCUCAGUGUGUACUCUGUUGGCGCAGCAGGCCCAACACCUGGGCCAACACCAGCUCCAUCUCCAGCACCAUCUCCGCCACCUUCUCCGCGGCCAUCUCCCGCACCGUCACCUGCUCCCACACCAGCCCCAGUCAGCAACAAUCCUCAAACGUCCAAUUUUAAUAUCGCACUAGAACUGCGAGGGGUCUCACAAAGCUCUGUCUUUGAAAGUGCGAUCCGCGAGUGGAAAUCGGUCAUCAUGGGGGAUCUCCCGGACAUCAAUGAUGUGCUUCCAGGCGAGAGUGCCUGCGGGCCUUGGCCACAGGGUAUUGAUGAUCUAUACAUCUGUGGAAAAUACGAGGCAAUCGACGGGAGAAGCGGGAUUCUAGGUGCCGCUGGUCCUCGGUUUUAUCGUACCAGCGGAACGCCGAUUACGGGAGAAAUGGUGUUUGACAGUGCGGAUGUCGCCUUCAUCAACUUGCUUGGGGUCAUUUUGCAUGAGAUGGGACAUGUGCUGGGUAUUGGUCCACUUUGGAUGGCCAACGGUAUGACCACAAAACGGACUGUUCCUUGCCCGUACGCUUAUAACUCCAAAGCUUCCCAGGUGUACCGUGAACUGAGCGGCUGCAACAAGGCAAUCCCCGUCGAACAGAGCUACGGUGGUGCCGGUUCCAACUGUGGUCAUUGGGAGGAAAAAUGUUUUCGAACCGAACUCAUGACACCGAGUGCUGCACAACAGCUUCCCAUGUCAAGAAUCACCAUUGCUGGGUUGGAAGAUCUUGGAUACGAAGUAUCUUAUGCGCAGGCUGAAUCAUUUUCCACGGCUCAUAUGGAUUCCAGUUGUGUCUGCAACCGACGUGGUUUACGUGGCGAGGAUGACCUCUCCUUCUCGGUCGCUCGUGACGGUACGAUUGGGGAUCAUCGUCGACUGAGUGAUGCAGGACGUGCCGUUGCGCAGCAGUUCGGACAAGAGCUAUUGCAAGCCCGGCAAGAUGCCACAUCGCUUCUUCCCUUGCCUGACGGCAUCGAAGAUAUUGGCACUGAGGUCGUUUUUAUCAUGUACGAGGAAGGCAACACUACAUACUCCAUCAUGGUCACUUCGGACCCAGUGGAUUAA